UUAUGUUAGGUGCGUGUGCGUUAGGCAGUUGCACUCAGUUGCACUUGCACCUUCGCACAAUUUACACACGGCACAGAAGCGGCGGGCGGCGAGAGGUUGACAGAUAAACGUGUGACCCGUGGAAAAGUGCGAUAAACAUGAACAAAAUGCAGGAAAAGUCUGUCGAGAAGGACGAAAUUAAUCUCUUUAAUCCCACUAUACUGGAUAGAUUACCGAUAUCCCAUGUUGCUGGAUUACUCAUAAGACCACUGAAAAGUACAGAUUAUGAUAAAGGUUUCUUAGUCCUCUUGUCACAAUUAACAGAUGUUGGGAAUGUUACCCAGGAACAAUUCUUAAAUAGAUUCUACAGUAUGAAAACUGCUGGUGGUUACUACGUCGUGGUCAUUGAGGAUGUAAAUUCUGGAAAAGUGAUAGCAUGUGCAUCAUUAGUUGUAGAACAAAAAUUUAUUCAUAAUUGUAGCUUGCGAGGACGUCUAGAAGAUGUAGUGGUUAAUAACAAUUACAGAGGCAAGUCAUUGGGAAAACUGGUAGUGACGAUUAUAGUACAAUUAGCUCGCUACUUUCACUGUUACAAAUUAUCCUUGGACUGUGUUGACCGUCUAGUACCAUUCUACGAGAAUAUAGGCUUCAAGCGGGAGACUAACAAUGCCAAUUAUCUUAAUAUGCGCUUCCAUGGUGAGAAUGCCACCGAACAGUCUCACUUAUAAUAACUGGCUUAUCAUGAUCUACUGGCAAUGGUAAUCAAGUACUUACUUGUUCAUAGUACAGUGUAUGAACUGGAAAAUUGAAUCAUCAUAUUAUAUAUUUUCAAGUUAUAUUAGAUUUAAAGAACGGAUAUACAGUACAUAUCCAAAAUUGGAUAUAAAUGGUUUAAUUAUUAAACAAAAUACUGUAAUUCAUAUGUUCUCUCUAUAAAGAAAAUCUCAUUAUUUUACUAAAGAAUUUUAAGAAAUUUUUUUUAUAAAAGAAAAUUUAUUGUAUACUAACAAUGGUGCGAAUUAAAAUAAAUUAUUUAAUAUUUUUUUCUACAUAUUAACAUAAGUAUUAUACAUAAUUAAUGUGUUGUGCGCGCGCACGUUUCAAUUUUGAAAAAUGGAUCCUAUACACAUAUAAAGUACAUUGUCACAUUACAUUACAGAUUGUAUAGGUUGUAAAAAAAAUUGUUAAAUAAAAUAAUUUUUACUUAA